AUGGAGAAGCUAAUGAAGUACGCUAGCUUCUUCUACACAGCAGUGGGCAUACGGCCAUAUACCAAUGGUGAAGAAUCCAAAAUGAACAAACUUAUAUUUCACAUAGUUUUUUGGUCCAAUGUGAUUAACCUGAGCUUCGUUGGAUUAUUUGAGAGCAUUUACGUUUACAGUGCCUUCAUGGAUAAUAAGUUCCUGGAAGCAGUCACUGCGUUGUCCUACAUUGGCUUCGUAACCGUAGGCAUGAGCAAGAUGUUCUUCAUCCGGUGGAAGAAAACGGCUAUAACUGAACUGAUUAAUGAAUUGAAGGAGAUCUAUCCGAAUGGUUUGAUCCGAGAGGAAAGAUACAAUCUGCCGAUGUAUCUGGGCACCUGCUCCAGAAUCAGCCUUAUAUAUUCCUUGCUCUACUCUGUUCUCAUCUGGACAUUCAACUUGUUUUGUGUAAUGGAGUAUUGGGUCUAUGACAAGUGGCUCAACAUUCGAGUGGUGGGCAAACAGUUGCCGUACCUCAUGUACAUUCCUUGGAAAUGGCAGGAUAACUGGUCGUACUAUCCACUGUUAUUCUCCCAGAAUUUUGCAGGAUACACAUCUGCAGCUGGUCAAAUUUCAACCGAUGUCUUGCUCUGCGCGGUGGCCACUCAGUUGGUAAUGCACUUCGACUUUCUCUCAAAUAGUAUGGAACGCCACGAAUUGAGUGGAGAUUGGAAGAAGGACUCCCGAUUUCUGGUGGACAUUGUUAGGUAUCACGAACGUAUACUCCGCCUUUCAGAUGCAGUGAACGAUAUAUUUGGAAUUCCACUACUACUCAACUUCAUGGUAUCCUCGUUCGUCAUCUGCUUCGUGGGAUUCCAGAUGACUGUUGGAGUUCCGCCGGAUAUAGUUGUGAAGCUCUUCCUCUUCCUUGUCUCUUCGAUGAGUCAGGUCUAUUUGAUUUGUCACUAUGGUCAACUGGUGGCCGAUGCUAGCUACGGAUUUUCGGUUGCCACCUACAAUCAGAAGUGGUAUAAAGCCGAUGUGCGCUAUAAACGAGCCUUGGUUAUUAUUAUAGCUAGAUCGCAGAAGGUAACUUUUCUAAAGGCCACUAUAUUCUUGGAUAUUACCAGGUCCACUAUGACAGAUCUGCUUCAAAUAUCAUACAAAUUCUUCGCCCUGCUGCGCACAAUGUAUACCCAAUAG